AUGAUGUUCAGCCACUACGUUAUGAUCCAUUUGACAUUCAUCGCGUUCGGCGCCACUAACGCUCGAAUUAUUGACGAACCGUUGACGAGUAACGAAUGUUUACCGCAGAUGAACUUACCACUUCAAGAAGUUGCCGAGAAAAUCUGCGAACUCUGCCACGAAUUCCACAGUCACGAGGUUCCUAAUAUGCGAUCCGAAUGCAGAUCGGAUUGCUUUUCAACGGAUAAAUUCCGAUUGUGCAUGCGUAUGUUCACAAGCGCUCCAAAACGUCAUAAUCGACACAGUCGACGACACCUACUGUAUUGGUAG